UGGUCACACUGCGGAAAAAUGUCGAAGGCGCGCGUCGCUCGCGUUUCUUGAGCUCCCGAUCGCCGAGUUUCGUUUCCAAGAAAACUGAGUUGCAACAAGUGCGGAGAUCGUUAGUGCCGUGUUCUUUGCGAUCGCCCCGCACCGAAGUCGCAGCCUGUGAAAUCGCUGCUUUUUGUGUUUUGAUUUCGCCAACUCCGUGAUUUCUCCGCAGCACAAUAUUCGCAUUCCCCUGCGCACUUGGCUCUCUUUCGGCGCCGACGUCGACUGCGCAGCCGCCGCGACGCGAAAUGUGCAACAACAAGUUAAACAGCAACUACACACCAAUACAACGACAAAGUUAACCAAUAUUUAAUUGCUGUCUUAAUUAAAUUAGCAGCCCGCAGUGCAGUGCGAAAUACGCGAGCAGCAAGGAAAAGCUGUUGUUUCUGCCUUCCACCUGGAUAACAAAGCUGGAUAAAUUGGAUUAAACCGGGCGACAAGAAAGGAGAUAGUCAGGGCCCAACAAAGCGUAACAUAAACUACGUCACACUGGAGUCACAACACGAUCAACAUUCCCAGAACUGAGGCGAGACCUUCCCCCACCCCGAAUACAACCUGUACAGUAUGUCACAUGAUAAGAAGAUGUUGGAUCGCGAGGCAGUUCGUUCAGUGAUUCAGCAAUGGAAUGCCAAUCGAUUGGAUCUGUUUGCGCUCUCCGAACCAGACGAGAACCUGCUCUUCCAUGGCGUUAUGCGCUUCUACUUCCAAGAUGCCGGCCAGAAAGUGGCCACCAAAUGCAUUCGUGUGGCUUCCGAUGCCACUGUCACAGAUGUCAUAGACACACUCAUUGAGAAAUUCCGUCCCGAUAUGCGGAUGCUAUCCGUGCCCAACUACGCCCUGUACGAAGUGCAUGCCAAUGGCGAGGAGCGUCGACUGAAUGCCGAUGAGAAGCCACUGCUGGUGCAGCUCAAUUGGCACAUCGACGAUCGCGAGGGUCGCUUCCUGCUCAAGAACAUAGACCAGAAGACCACCCCCAUCGAGCAGACCGAUCUAAACUUCAAGAGAAAACUCUCGAAACGUGAGAAAAAGGAACAAAAGAAAAAGGAGAAGAUGGCGAAGCUGAGCUCCGAUCCGCCCACCUCCAACGGCAGUCAUUUGGGCUUAGGCAAUGGGGUCGGCGGAUCCUCGGGAUCGGCCCUCAUGAACGGCAACGCCGGAGGAGGCGGCGGCGAUGGCAGCGAUGCCGUGGCCGGAAAACUGUACACGGAACUGCCAGAAACCUCGUUCACACGAUCGAUCUCAAACCCGGAGGCCGUGAUGCGGCGACGGCGACAGCAGAAGCUCGAGAAGAAGCUGCAGCAGUUCCGUUCCAGAGACGGUGGUCCGGAUACCGGUGGCACGUUGAAGAUAUACGGCGAGAGCCUGUGCCAGGACGUGCCCUACAAGACGCUGCUGCUUUCUAUCCGGGACUGUGCGCAGGCCGUCGUUCGGGAAAUGCUCACAAAAUACGGACUGGAGAAGGCCGAUCCGCUGCACUACUGCUUGGUUCAGGUCAACAGCGAUGGAACAGAAUAUAUACUCGAUGAUGACGAAUGCCCCCUAUCGAUACUCAUGAACCAUCCCACGUCGCGAGGCUCCAUCAUGUUCCAUGUGCGGAGAAGACCAGCGGACUCACAGCCCCGGAGACGAAAGAAAAAGCCACUGGGGGCGUCCAAUGGGGCCAACCACAUAUCCGGCGACCGCGAGGGUCCCGUCCUGGUGGAGGUGACCCACAGCGGCGAUGGCGGGCGACGGAUCAAGUUGGGCAGCGAUCCCGUGGAGGUGGGAUCGGCGAACACAAACUGCCUGCAGCUCUUCGGACCCUCGAUCCAGCCGAGGCACUGCCUCAUCUCGCUGCUGGAGGGAGUGUGCACGGUGACCCCGCUGCACACCGAUGCCCUGACCUUUGUCAACGGCCACCACAUCAGUCAGCCGACCAUUCUGCAUAACGGAUCGGUUGUAAUGUUCGGACGGGUGGCCUCGUACCGCUUCCUGGAUUCUCCCACGGACGGGCGCUACAAUCUGGCUCUAUCGCAAUCCCAACUGGACUCGGCAUGUCUCUACGAAAGCCGCUCGCCCACGUCCCCCGGAUCCUGGAAUGAUGAGGAUGGAGCCCUGAGUUCGACGCACAAAAGUGACUACGAACACCACCAGCAAUCGAAUCAAUCCAGUGCCUAUCACAAUAAUAAUAACUCCAGUGAUCACCCCCUGAGCAGCACGCUAAGGGAUGUGGUGGACAGCAAGGUGGGACAGGAUCAGGUGGCCAAUUCCGGGAACUACGAUGCUCAAAGCCUUGAGGGUAACCUGGAGAACGAGACCAAGUCGAUUUCCAGCAUGAAGUCAGGUGGUUCCAACAGCCAGGACCGGUCACCCAAAAUGGCGGGCUCUGGCAUUUUGGCCGGUGGUGGCAGUGGUUCCGGCGACGCCCAGGGACAGGAACCCAUCCUGCCGGCUGUCCUAGAGUUUCCCGAAACUCAUCAGGAACUCUUUCUGCGUCACAUUAUCAGUGAGCUGGACGUGAACGUUCCGCACUUUAAGCUGGCACCCGUCUACUCGCUUUACCUGUGUGCCAGGUAUCGAGCCUCCACCCACUACCGCCCGGAACUGCAGCCCACGGAGCGAGCCCACAAGCUGACCAUGUUCCUGCACCACGUGGCCAAUCUGGUCUACAGCGUGGUCCAGGAGCAGUACACGGAUCCCCGAAUCCUGGCCUUUUGGAUGGCCAACAGCUCGGAGUUCCUGCACUUCCUUAAAUCAGAUCGUCACAUCAGCGCCUUCAGCGUUCAGGCUCAAGAGGUUUUGGCCGAGGCCGUGCAGACGGCUUUCCGCAACCUGGUCAACUGCUUCCGACUGGAACUCUCCCAAACCCUCAACCAGUUUCUCUCCGAAAACAUCGACCACGACUCCGCGGCAGGACUCGUGCUGACCGUCUUGGGAUCGGCGAUGGCUCUCCUUAGACGAUGUCGCGUAAAUGCAGCCCUAACCAUCCAGUUGUUCUCGCAGUUGUUCCACUACAUCAAUGUCAUAUGUUUCAAUACGAUUGUGGCAAACUCUCACAUGUGCACAGCUGACUGGGGCAAGGUGAUGACAGAGCGACUGCAGUUACUUGAGCUGUGGGCAGAACGGCAAGGCUUGGAGCUGGCGGCGGACUGCCACCUGGCCAAGAUUAACCAGUGCGCGCAGUUUUUGCAAGCACCCAAAUCCUCCGUAGAGGAGAUUCAACAGUUGGCCUGUUCCUGCUUCCGUUUGAACUCCCUGCAGAUGGCUGCGUUGCUGCAGCAGGAGAAGCUGCCUCGUAACCUGGUAGAUACGGCCAUACGGAUGGCCGAGUCCGUGGCCGACGAGCUAACCCGAGCCGAUGGACGAGAGGUGCGGCUGGAAGAGUCACCUGAGUUGCACUUGGCACUGCUGCUUCCCGACGACGGAUUCAGCUGCGAUGUAGUGCGAGGCAUACCAACAGGUCUGGUCGACUUCCUGAAUCCUCUUCAGCAGCAGGGCAUGUGUCGUCUGGCGGCCCAGCCCACCUCCAUUGGUCUUUGGACGGUCUAUAUGCACCAAUUUAAUGCCCGCAGCUCUAGUGCCAUGUCGAACAAGCUGCCCCAACCGGAGUUGCAGCUGAUCAAGCUGCACAAGAACAGCAACGGCAUGGGCUUAUCCAUCGUGGCAGCCAAGGGAGCUGGCCAGGAGAAACUGGGUAUCUACAUCAAGAGUGUGGUUCCUGGCGGAGCGGCAGACGCCGACGGACGCCUGCAAGCUGGUGAUCAGCUACUUCGCGUAGAUGGCCAGAGUCUGAUUGGCAUCACCCAGGAAAGGGCUGCGGACUACCUGGUGCGGACGGGCCCGGUGGUCAGCUUGGAGGUGGCCAAGCAGGGAGCAAUCUACCACGGGCUGGCCACGUUGUUGCAGCAGCCCAGCCCGGUCAUCCAGCGUGGUAAUCGACGUAUGUCCGAACGCGAUCUGACGCGGAUGGGCGGCGCCGAGUCGACCAAAUCCCUGGGUCCGCUGAUAGCCAACAGUCAUCCGAAUCACAGCCUCAGUCUUAGCCAAAACCUGAACAACAGCCACAACAACACCAUAGGCAAUAGCAACAGUAGUAGCAUCAUCAAUCCCCUAGCUGCACACCUGCCCAACAGCAAAUCGGUGCCGGCUCUGCAUCACCACACGGGAUCGGGUACCAUAUCCCUGGCCAAUUCCAAGUCACGCAGCACGCACAGUUUGCAUAACAAUACAUCGGCCAUGGGAGGAGUCGGAGGAGCGGCAGCAGUGGGAGGGGCCGGAGCCGGAAUGCUGGGUCAGCCAAAUGGCAGCCACAACAAUGCAAAUGCAAAUGGAAAUGGAAACGGCAACGAGCAGGGAUUCUAUCAGAAUCUCAGCGUUUAUCGGGCACAAAACCAAAGCCAACCGAUUCUGAACGAGAGACCGCCGAUUGCCGCACAUGCCGCCAUGAGUGCCUACAAUGGCAGUUCCCCGCUUGCACCGCAACCACCACAGCAACAACAACAGCAACAGCCAUCUCCCUACCAGCAGCAGCAACAUCUACAGGCCAACGCUAAUCUGCCGCCCACUCGACCCGUCUCUGCUUAUUACCACAGCCAACAGACGGCGCAGCAGCAACUCCAGCAACAGCAGCAGCAACAACAGCAGCAACAGCACUCCCUGCAGCAGCAACAGUUCGCACUCAGCAGUAGCAACCUCAAUGGCCAGCAGCAGCAGCAGCACCAGCUCACCUUGAACAAUCGCACUAAGAGCCAGCAGAACUUCCAGCACAGUCUGCGCAUGCAGCAGAUGAUGGCUCCAUCGAUGCCCAACAUAAGCAACAUGUACCACCACCAGCAGCCACAACAGCAACAACUGCCCCUGCAGCAGCAGCAGCAGCAACAACAGCAGCAACCCCUGAUGAGCAGCAGCCAGAGCAUGCAGAAUGUCAACGAAUUCGCAGGUGGCUAUCAGAAUGGCAGUCUGGAGUACAGACGCAGUCAGCUUCAUGACCCAGCCACUCUCUACGAACUCCAGCAACAACAGUUGCAGCAGCAACAGCAGCAGCAACCAUCUCCCAACUUUAUAGCCCUGCCUCCGAAACCCCUAGGCAGCUUACAGUCCCCCAACAAACCAAACGCUCCACCAAGUACAGCACCCAAACCACAGCAGCAACAGCAGCGAUAUCUUGGGCAACCGCUUCUGGCGGAGGACAAGCCUCCGCUGCCGCCCACCGCAACACAUCCGCUAUUCAAAGCCACGCAGCAGAUUGCUCCGGGGAUGAAUUACGUGGCCAGCACUUUGGAUCCACCAAAGGGCAGCUAUGUGGCGUCAAACCAAGCCAACAGCCGUAGUCUUCACAGCGGGAGCAAUCCCUGGGAAAGGGAGGAGCGUGAAAAGGACCUUGAAAUGCGACGCGAACACAUUCGCCAAUGGCGGGAGCAGCAGAUCUCAGAGCUCUCGCAGAUAAUUUCCCGAUCCCCCAUGCAGGAGGAGCAACUAAAAACCUUGAUUCUGGAGCGAGAUUUCGAGCGAAGAGCGCAGGAGCUGCAAGAACAGGAGGAGCAGGAUCAGGAGCAGCAGUACGACAAGGAGAACGUGCAAGAGCUGUUCCGACUGGCUGGCGGCGGUCAGGUCAGUGCCAUACAAACACCCAUCACGAGUUACCGGCAGACGGAGAUCAAGCUGGCGGAGAUUACGGACAGCAGUAGUCCGGUGGAAUCAGUGCCAACACCACUGCCGCCACCAGCGACUAGCCAACCCACGAGCAGCAACACUCAGCAGCCGAAGAGCAUACUCAAGCAUAAUCGGUAUUCCGAGGGAGGGGCGGGUCCCACUGCACCCUCUUCGCCGUCAAAAUCGCAGAAAUCCGCCAGUUUCGCGGACGAGCGACAUCUGCACACGGAGCAUCCGAUAUCGAAUUUGGCAAAAGAGCUCAAUCAGCUAACAGUGCUAGACAAGGAUAAUAACAACGAGACCUUGGAUGCCGUUGUUCCACCACCACCGCCACCAGAGAGGAACAGUUCCUACUUGAUCAUGUCACAGCAAAAACUGCGGGGCAGCACUGGAAACUCGUCCAUGGGUCUACUCAAAACAGCGACUAGUAAUCAGGCAGCAGCUGCCGUGGAGAUUAAGAAGGCUUCUCUCCUGAACACCCAAUCCAAUAAUAACAACAACCUGAGUGGCAGCUUGAACAACAACACCAUGCAGGGAUCACCGCUUAGCGCCAUGGAGCUAAAUGCCGCCUACGUUUCGGCCACCGGAAGUGGAAUGGUUGGAGGAUUGGGCGCACCACCUCCGCCGCCGCCAUUGAUGCAGAGGGAUAACAAGCGGGUGAGCUUCCAUGAUGAAGAGAACAACUUUGUAGGCGCAAACAGCCAGCAACAACAGCUGCAGCAGCAAUAUAUCAUGGACAACUACGGUAUGGAGCAUCAGGAUUUGGACACCAUCAGAGAAGAUACGAGUUAUCUGCAACACAAUCUGGAUGCCUCCAUGCUGCCAUCGAUGCCAGCCACUCCCGAUGCUGCCCUCUGGAAUACCUCUGUGCAAUCCACUCCCGGCGUUAUUGGAGCGCAAGAGGUCUACAGAGAUCCUCGCACGCGUCGCCUUGCGGAGAAGCAGCAGCAGCAACAGCAACAACGCGCUGGUGAUGCGGUGCCCGAAAAGCUAUCGUUCAAGGAGAAGAUGAAGAUGUUUGCCCUGGAGUCGGGGGAGGAUAACACGCCCAAGGACAAGCUGAAGAUAUCGCGGGCCCAGCGAGAUAUAGAUGCGGUGCACUAAGGAGGGGAUAUCUUUGCUAAACGCUAUGUACAUACACACCAGAACCCACAAAGCUUAAACUUCAAUAUACUGGGGGCCAAGUUGUUACGUUAGCUCUACAUAACAAACACAGAUUUAUAGAUCAAGUUAUAUAUACCGGAUUACGAUAGAAACAAACAAACCUAACGAAUUUGCUAAGCAAAGCAAUAACAAUUCAUAGUUAUCGCGUUACAGAGUUAAUUACACAAAAUGUUAACUGAAUUCAAUUAGUGAGAAUUGUCAGUGUAUAUCAUUAUAGUCUAUAUAUACUUAUGUUUUAUAUAUACAAAACUAUAACGAGCCUAGACAGGGCAACGAAAGCAAGGCGAGCCACAUUUGUAAAGCGUUUUAAACAUUUAACAUUUAACUUAACCCUACGAUUAACAAUUUGUUACAUCAGAUUACAACAUACAAUUUAUGGUUAAACAACAGUGUAAAUGAGCCGAGUUAGUUUAGAUAUACAUACAUAUAAUUACCUGGGAACCGUGCGGAACAAGAAACGUUUAUAUAUAUAUAUCAGAAUUCUCUAAUGGAUACAGUAUCCAUUAGAGAAUUCUAAGCCACAACAACGUUAAAACAAAUGGUCCAAUUAUUCAAUUAUUAAAGCUAUAUUUACAAACCACGAACGAACGAGUAAUUAAAUAUUUAAAACUUCA